AUGUCAACUUUAAUCUCAUCUCCAAAUGUUAAUUCAAAAAUUAAAACUCGACCAUCCACACCUAUUAGACGUCGUUGUUUAGCAUCACUUCAAUGCAAUGUAAAAAAUAAUAUUAAUAUUCAACAAGCAUUACUUGAUCUUAUUGAUCGUCUAAAAAAUUCAAAUGAUUCAUCAACACAAUUACUUAUACGUUUAUAUUAUCAUAAAUCUCUUCGUCUUAAUGAUCAACCAGAGAAAUUAUAUUUAUUUCAACAAGCAAUUUAUUCUGGACUACGUCGACUACAUCCAUCUAUUAUAAAUUCUUCUUCAAUGAAGCAAGAAAAUGAAUUGUCUAUUGUUCCACAACCUGUUAUAACAAGUCGAUCUGCACAAGCUACUAUACGAAAACUUCAUUAA